AAAGUGGAAAUAAAUACUAGGAGAAUAUGUGGCAUUUACACACACUUAGGUAUUGGUAGUCCUAGAUAUCAUAUAAUAACAAUGGAAACAAAAGUGGUUCAAGAUAUUGUGAUUGUCGGAGCUGGAAUUGCUGGCCUUACAACGUCAUUAGCACUUCACAGGUUGGGUAUCCCAAGUUUGGUGUUAGAAUCAUCAGAUAGUUUGAGAGUCUCUGGCUUUGCUUUGUCAAUAUGGGAAAAUGCUUGGAAGGCAUUGGAUGCUGUUGGCGUUGGAGACUUUCUCCGCCAUCAACAUGUCCAGCUCAAUGGUGGAAUUGGAGUGCAGGAUGGUGUCUACUUCGUUGGUAACAGGGAAACAAACAGCAGCUGCGUCUUUCACAGCAACAGGAAAGCAGGGCUUUGAAAUUCGUUGUGUUAAAAGAAAGUCAUUGUUGGAAGUCCUUGCCAAUGAGCUUCCAAGUGGAACCAUCAGAUACUUGUCAAAGGUUGUUGCUAUUGAGGAAUCUGACUUCUAUAAGAUACUUCAUCUUGCUGAUGGGACAACCAUCAAAACUAAGGUAUUGAUUGGGUGUGAUGGAGUGAACUCCAUAGUGGCAAAGUGGCUAGGCUUCAAGAAUGCCUCUUUUACAAAGAGAUCUGCAAUCAGGGGUUGUGCCGAGAUCAAGACCAAUCACACGCUUGAGCCCAAGUUCAUGCAGUUCUUUGGCAAAGGUUUUAGAGCUGGAGUUAUUCCUUGUGAUGAGAAAACUGUUUACUGGUUUUUCACUUGGACACCCAACAACCAAGACAAAGAGCUAGAAGAGAACCCUGCCAAACUGAAACAAUAUGUGCUAAACAAGCUUGAGAAAAUGCCAAGUAAUGUUAGAUCCUAUAUAGAAAAAACAGCACUAGAUGCUUUCCUAUUAGCUCCAUUGAGAUAUAGACAUCCCUUGGAACUCAUGUUGGGGAACAUAAGUAAAGGCAACGUUUCUGUUGCUGGAGAUGCUUUCCACCCCAUGACUCCUGACCUAGGCCAAGGAGGAUGUUGUGCCCUAGAAGAUGGGGUUGUUUUAGCCAGGUGCUUAGCUGAGGCCUUCUCCAAAGAACCAAAUACACAUAUCAAGGGGAAGGAUGAAGAAGAGGGCCAAUACAAAAGGAUUGAGGAAAGCUUGAAGAAAUAUGUAAAGGGGAGAAGAUGGAGAAGCAUUGAUGUCAUUGCUACAGCUUAUAUGGUUGGUUCUAUUCAGCAGGCUGAGUCCAAAUUGAUUACCUUUUUGAGGGACAACAUUUUGGCUUCAUUCUUAGUUAGCCUAUUGUUCAGUAAGUCAGGCUAUGAUUGUGGAAAACUAAAUAGCUCUUAGUGACACAAUUAUGUUGUAAAAUGUUCAGUCCAUCUGUGUUGCCUUUCAUCUUGCCAUGUUCUAAAAUGAACUUCAAGUCCUUGUUCUCCUUUUGAUGUAAGAUUUUUUAUUUCUCAUUGUCAUUUGAUUUUGAUUGGUAAAGGUCCAGUCACAACUAA